UGCUCAUAAUAAGAGAGUCAGAUGCCUCUGCGGUGUUCAACAUGAACCAUGAGCUCUCAUCAGAACCUCCCAAAAGCUCUUAUCACAAUCUGCAAUGAUUACAUGUGAAGUAAAAAAAAAAAAAGAGUGUGCUGGUUUCACAGAGGAUGGCGAUUAGCUUAAUUCUCUUGACGGAUUUACAGAACCGUGAUCAAGAGCAUCACGGUGUGAAUUAAGCUUUAAGGGGAUAUUUCACCACCAACAAUGAUGUCGGUUUUCCCCGUUUUGUUUUGUCUUUUGCAUGUGCUGAUUUUAACGAAAAGAUACCUCUGUGUGGAAACUGAUUUUUGUGAACCUGUUCGACUUGACCGUGAAAAUGUCCCAAGUUUUGACAAACCGAGCAAAGAACUUGUUGUUUACCGAAUAAACGCGUUUAAUCAGGAAUUCUAUCUUACUCUUUUACCUGACUCCAGUUUCCUUGCUCCUGACGACACAUUUCAAGACACCUCAUCUCCAAGCGCGCUUUCGGGAGAUGAAUUGAGAAGAUGCUUCUACUCUGGUGAUAUCAACGCAGACAUGAAUUCAUAUGCAGCUCUCAGUCUGUGUGGAGGUGUCCGAGGAGCGUUUUCUUAUAACGGGAUGGAGUACAUCAUUGAGCGCAGGACAGCACCAGAACUGAUCUCAGAUGAUGCUGGAAAAACGCACGUCAUCCGCAGGAAAAAUCUUAACGCUCCAAACUUAUCCAAGUGCGGAGUGACAUCAAACCAGGAGGUUGUGGAGUCCUUAGAUAAGUACAAACAUCUGAAAGGGCACACGAAGAACUUGACAGAAACUUUGCUGAGAAGCAUGAGCAGGUCGAAAAGAUUCGCCUCUAUCCCGAGAUACGUGGAGGUGCUGGUUGUUGCUGAUGAGUCAAUGGCAAAAUUUCAUGGUGACGACCUGAAGCAUUACCUUCUGACUCUUUUGUCCGUCACUGCAAAGCUGUACAAACACCCCAGUAUCUUGAAUGCCAUCAGUAUAGUGGUUGUAAAGCUUAUAGUGAUUAAUGAGGCAGAAAAGGGACCCAAAGUAUCCAGUAACGCAGCACUAACCCUGCGCAAUUUCUGCACCUGGCAGAAGAAGCUCAACAAAGUCAACGACAAACACCCUGAGUACUGGGACACGGCUAUUCUGUUUACAAAGCAGGACCUGUGUGGGGCCACUACGUGUGACACUCUUGGUAUGGCUGACGUGGGCACCAUGUGUGAUCCUAAGAGAAGCUGCUCGGUUAUUGAAGAUGAUGGCCUCCCUUCAGCCUUCACCACCGCACAUGAACUAGGUCAUGUCUUCAGCAUGCCACAUGACAAUGUGAAGGCCUGUGAGGAUGUGUUUGGAAAGCUGAAGGACAAUCAUAUGAUGUCUCCAACACUGAUCCAGAUUGACCACCACACGCCCUGGUCUGUGUGCAGCGCUGCUAUCAUCACUGACUUCCUGGACUCUGGCCAUGGCGACUGUCUUCUGGAUCAGCCCCAGAAGCUCAUGGCUCUUCCAGAAGACCCACCAGGCAUCAGCUACUCUCUCGGCCGUCAGUGUGAGCUGGCAUUUGGCUCCGGAUCCAAGCCCUGUCCCUACAUGCAGGCCUGCUCCAAACUGUGGUGUACUGGGAAGGCUAAAGGUCAACUAGUUUGCCAGACGCGCCACUUUCCCUGGGCUGAUGGCACUGCCUGUGGAACCAACAAGUUGUGCUACAGGGGGACUUGCACUGAAAAGCAAAAUACCUUCAAAAACAAGGUAGAUGGUCGUUGGGGUCGAUGGGGUCUGUAUGGCCCAUGUUCCCGUUCAUGUGGAGGAGGAGUGCAGCUUGCCAAACGUGACUGUAACAAUCCUGUGCCUGAAAAUGGGGGCAAGUAUUGCCAAGGCCUGAGAGUGAAGCAUCGCUCCUGCAACUUAGAGCCUUGUAAAGACUCAGGAAAAACGUUUCGGGAGGAGCAGUGUGAGAUGUUUAAUGGCUUUACACUGAACACUAACAGACUGAGUCCAUCUGUGGUUUGGGUCCCAAAGUACUCGGGAGUCUCUGUUAAAGACAGAUGUAAGCUCAUCUGCAGAGCCAACGGCACCGGAUACUUCUACGUCCUUGCGCCAAAGGUGGUGGAUGGGACUCCUUGUUCUCCUGAUACCUCAGCUGUCUGUGUUCAGGGAAAGUGCAUCAAGGCUGGCUGUGAUGGAAAACUGAACUCCAACAUGAAGUUUGACAAGUGUGGUGUGUGUGGAGGUGAAAACAAAAACUGCAAGAAAGUCUCUGGAAUGUUCACAAAACCCAUACAUGGAUAUAACUUUGUCAUCGAUCUACCUAUUGGAGCUGCAAAUGUGGAUGUAAGGCAGCGUGGUUACCGUGGUUUGGUGAACGAUGACAACUAUCUAGCAGUAAAGAACCAUCACGGCAAAUAUCUCCUGAACGGAAACUUUGUGGUUUCGGCAGUAGAAAAAGACAUCAUUGUGAAGGGGAGUCUGCUGCGCUACAGUGGAACCGGCACGUCAGUGGAGACACUGCAGACCUCAAGACCUCUUAAAGAGUCCCUGACGGUGGAGCUGCUGUCUGUGGGUAAAAUGACACCUCCUCGUGUGCGAUACUCCUACUACCAGACUGUGGGGAAUAAGGAGAGCAAGAUCUUCAAGAAAGAGGAGAGGAUCCCUGCGGAGAACAGCGUGCUGGAAGACAGCAAUAAAGUAGAACUGAAGAAGCCAGUCUAUCAGACACCAUCUUAUAAGUGGGUCACGGCGGACUGGAGUAAGUGCUCGGUUAGCUGUGGGAAUGGAGUCCAAAGUAGACUCAUACAGUGUUUGGGGUCAGAUGGGAAAAUGGCCACAAAUUGUGAUGGAUCCCAGAAGCCCAGUUCCAUGAAGGUGUGUGGUGAUCCAUGCCCAACAUGGAGCAUCGGCGAAUGGUCCUCAUGCUCUAAAACCUGCGGGAAAGGCUUUAAGAGACGCCCACUGCGGUGCAUGACUCAGACAGGACAGUUUUUACCUAGAGACCAUUGCUCAGGCAAGAAAAAGCCACAGGAACUUGACUUUUGCACUGUUCGGUCCUGCUAGUGACUGUUCAGGUGUGUUUUAGGACCCAUUUUCUUAGCCCAGACUCUGUGGAACUACACGACUACAUUUCUGCAAAUCCUGAAAUAAUUUGCUAAAGGUACAUUUGCUACACUUUACAGAUGACAUGCCCACAACAGGCGCUAUAAGCUGAAUAAAUGAUACCCUAUUUUGAAGUUUAUUAAACAGCACAGUUCAGUGAAAAUCAAAAAUGUUAUUUUAUUUUCUCAAAUCUAGUUAAAUUUCUUAAGUUGCUAUUAUGCAAAAUUCACUUUUAUUAGGGGUUUAAACAGUUGCGUGACAACAGUCUGUGAAUAUAGCCAGCUUUUAAUGGUAAACAUUUAUGAAUUACAUUUUUUAUGAUCAAACAGUCUGCAGAAACACUUUGAUUCUCCCUUUCUAUGUGUCAUCUGAGAAGGAAAGCCCAUUAGUGACAGUCUCUCGCUUAUUAGCAUGGGACGUUAGUCUUGUUUUUAAAUUUGCCCUUAUGCUUGCUAACAUUUGUAGCUCUACUCUCUUUUGAAAAGAGGAUCAAAGCCUAAAAGGGGCAGUUUUAAAGAGUUAUACAACAUUAUUUAUGGAGUUAUUUGAGAUUAAACUUAGCCAGCAUAGGCUCAUUCUAAAAAUGUAGCCCUAAAUACGUUUCUGGAGAAACGCAAUAAAAUAUUAUAAAAUUGUCCUGGAGAAUAUACAAUUUAGGAAAAAAAAUCACUGGGGCAUGAGCAAGUUGAAUGAAAUUUACACAAAUUCAGCAAAUUAACCAUCACAAAAUUAUAAAGUGAACACAAAACACUCUGAAACAAAUGUUGAUAGUGUUUAACAGCUUCUAGUGGUCACCUGGAACCUGUAGUCAAAUGUAGGCACAAGUCGUUUUUUUCCAAAACUGUUGGUUAAGUCAUGUACUUCCAUUGAGCCUGGGUUGCAUAUCAUGGAGCCAAAUCAAAAAUAGGGAUCUUUUUACAUGUGCAUGCUGUGGUGCCUCGCUUUUAUAAUGGGAAAAUCAUCAUGAAAUAAAGACAGGUCUUUUACCAUGAGCAUAAACAUUUUACCAUUGUAAAAUAGACAUCACCUACCUCGAAAAGGACAGGGUGUUUUAACGCAACCAAACACAGAACAAUGUAAUUGUUACAGCAUUAAACUUACAAAAGCAGACUUUCACUCUGUAUGUGGUCUGUGGAUAAAGUGAAGAUGUCAGACUUAAUGUUUGCAUUUGUAUUCGUUAAAUAUAUGUGAAUAUUUGACCUAAAUGUGAAGCAUAUUGUAUGCAAAAACAGGGCGACUUGGUCCAUGCACUAUUCAUCAUUUGUAUUUGGAAAUUAAGAUGAGGUAAUCGAUAGAUUAAACUGUUCUAACCGUCAAAGGUUUGAGAGGAGAAUUUAUGAAUAGACAAAAAUAAUUGUGCCAGAAGAAAGCAUUUAAUUAAAGUAAUCAGUCAUUUGCCCUUUUAGAUGGGCUGAAGAAGACAUAUCCUGAACUCAUAUUUACAUUACUAUAAAAAUAAACGUUAAUGUUUAACAAAAAGUACUGUACACAGAGAUAAAACAAUUAAAAUAGUAUAUACAAGUCAGUUAGUGUAAUUUAAACCAAUAUAUUUUAGCUACUCAGCUCUUUAUACGAGUAUACCAUAAAAUUAUUUUGUAAAAUAAUCUGUGCUAAAAGACACUGAUACAGCCGUGGUACUGCAAAUAUUCCACAUAAGACUGCCCUAAAACUAAAUCCAAGUCCCAUAAAAAAACGUGAAGUAUGACACUUUCUGAUUAUUUGUUAUAGCCAUUUUAUAAUAUAAUCCCAUAACUUAAACAUCUUAUACAAUCUCCCUCAAUUAGCUAAAACCCAUCAGAAUUAGAUAUUUAUAUAACAAAUAUAUUAAACAGAAUAAGCAAGUGUCUUUUUUGGGCCUGUAUUCACUGGACACAUGUAGCUGCUAUGGCCUGUAAAAUCCCCAUGUUUCUUGAAAGAAAAGUCUACAGAGUUUUAUUGUAAGUGUAUUUCAUGUACUCUCUGCUGGAUUUAUGAAGGCACAUUGUAACUUGUGCGAUCAACCCCUUUAAUCCAGAUGGUGUAGCCGAGAACAUUUCAUUCAUUUGAAAGGUGCUUCCUUGUUUUGUUUUCUUCUCAUCUUUUGACAGCAAAAGGCACUUAUGUUUUUUUUCUUUAUUGGAAUCCAUUGUAUACUAUGUAUACAUCCACCAACUGUGCACAAAUAAAUACAGAAGUGACAUCAAA